UUGCAGGAACGAGUGGCGUAACAAAAGUGACCAACGAUUAGAUCGUAUGGAGGCAGAACUGAAAAGGAUGAAUACCCUACUCGAAGAGAUAGUGAGGCACCAGCGAAAUCGGGAUCGCCCUAAUCAAGUGCGGAAGCCAAGGAUCCUACCAAUAUCGUCCAUAAGAGAAAUGGACGCUUUUGAAGGUGCAACCGACGAUAUCUUUUUUGAUACCGUAAGUAGAGAAAGAAAAAUUUUACAUGCAACAGCGCCAAGUACAGCAGCUCAUACCAGAGAUUCAGAGAAGAUGAAGAACCUGGGAGAAGCUGAACACUGGAAGAACUGGAACUGGAACUAA